AUGGAUCCGCAGAAUUUUACGCGUGGAGAAGACGGGUCACAGCGGAACGUUGGACCCGAAGGUGACGGGCUGUUUAAUUGUAUGCAUCGAUCGUGCGACUCGGCUUGUCAAAUCGCAGCAGAGUGCAGGCAAGGAAUAUGUUGGUAUUGUGCGACUUCACAAUGCUCUGGAGAACGAGCAGCAGCUUUCACGGGCUCUGGAGACUCUCACCGGUGCCCUUUUUCAGCGACCUCCGCUAAUAGCUGCUGUGAAACGACAGCUGCGUGUAAGAACAAUUUAUGA